UCAGAAAUCUCAAGUUUGUCUUCUGGUUGUCAACGUUCUUCAUAGCUCUCUAUAGUGAGUAUUAGAGACAAAACAACGGUUAAAAUACAACUUCAUGCAGAGCAGAGAGACCACUACGGAGUCGGAUAUUUGAAGACAAGAAAUGGCCGGUGGAAGGGAUCUAAUGGACGGUGACCUGGAAGAUGGAGAGAUUUCCGGAUCUGGCUCGGAUACUGAGAUGGGAGCAGCCCAGGUUCCUGCAGCUUUUAGCGGGCAGUCCUUCCACAACAGAGCCGCUGUCCAGCCUUCUGCCGCCUCGUACAGAAGUGGAAAUAAGCCGGUGUCCAGCGACAGUGACCAGGAUUCUUCGGACGAGGAUUCGGCCGUUUGGCGCCACAAACGCCUGAAAGCAUCCAGCGACGCCCAGCCGCCGCCUUCCAGCACCACCACCACCCGACCAGAACCGACCCGAAUGGACGUCCCAAACGCUCCAGGAGGCCGAAAAGUGAACAACAUCUGGGGCUCUGUGGUGCAGGAGCAGUGCCAGGAUGCCGUGGCUGCAGAGCUGGGCAUAUUUGGCAUGGAAGGUGAAUUCAGCAUGUCCAGCAGGAAUGUGGAGACGUAUAACUUUGUCCUGGCUCGUAAGAUAAUGGACAAGGAGAGGGAGCUGGAGAAACUGGCGAAUAAAGACGGAGAGGUGAACAUGCUGGACACGGAGCUGGAGGACUACAUGAAGGAGCGAGGAUCAGAGGAGAAAUCUGGAGGAGAUACCAAGAGGAAGAGAUCGGCGAAAGAGAGAAUCGGCCCCCGAGCUGAAAUGGACACUAAGGGUCGAUAUGUAGUCACAGAAGACGACCUCGAGGAUCGGGUGACGGAUGAGAUAGCGUACAGGCUACGGGAGCCUAAAAAAGACCUAAUAGAGCGCAUCGUUAAAGUCAUCGGGAAUAAAAAGGCCAUCGAACUGCUGGGAGAGACCGCCACGCUGGAGGAAAAUGGCGGCGUGUUCACGAUGGACGGCAGCAGGCGAAGGACGCCCGGCGGGGUUUAUCUCUACCUCCUGAAGAACACACCGAGCAUCAGCAAGGGCCAGAUCAAGAAGAUCUUCUUUGAGGAACAACACAACGACUGCAAGAGCAAGAAGGCGGCGCAGAAGAGGAGGAGGAACAUGGUGGCGAAGAAGAUGAAGCAAGCCAUCGGCACGCUGAACCUGCAGGAGCACGACGAUGUCUCCAGGGAAACGUUCGCCAGUGAUACUAACGAGGCUUUGGAGUCACUGGAGGACGCUGGAGAAGAAGAGGAAGGUCAGGAGGAACGUGCUUCGGGCAUCGAGGACACGGCGGUGGUCUACAACGCUGCAGAUCUGGAGGUCUUCUGAGUGAUGUGUGAACUCUGGGAGGUUUUGAGCAAGGACACAAUACUAAAAGUGCUGUCUGCUGAAUCUUAACAUCUGAGUGAUCUUUGUUUUGCUUCUACAUUCAAACGAGAGCUUAUGUUAACAUCAUAGAUUUCACAUAAACACAGAAGGACACAAGACAGGGGCUAAAAGAGAGACACACACACACACACACACACACACACACACACACACACACACACACACACACACAGGCAGUCUGAACUCUGGGAGUUUUCAACAAAAACAUGUAGGAAUUCAAAUAACAACACGUCAAUAAAAGCACUGAGUACAGAAUCCAAACUGAUCCUUUUUGUUGCUUUUACCUUCGAAGGAGAGCUAAUGUUAACGUCAUGGAUUGAUCGUUUUCAGCACAGAAUGACUUUCCGCAAUUUAGUGUGAUUUGUGGUAUAAAUGUCAUUGUUAAUUUUUCAAAACGUCCCUUUUUUUUGUUGGAGAAACAGUAAAGCUCUUCUGUUUAUUUUCUAUCAUAUUAUCUGUCUUUGUUUAUACAUUUAAUUCGGAUAUAAGGGGUCUGGAUUUACUAAAUGAAUUUGUGUGGAAUAUGAAUAAAGGUGACUUGCAAUUGCA